CCGAGAGGAGAGGAGAAAAAGAAAGGAGAAGAAGAAGAAGUCGCCGCAGCCGUUGUUUCCUUUCGUUCCGCCGCCGUCCGUCGCCGACCGCCCUCGCCGUUGUUCCUCGUCGCCGUCUGCCACUUUAGUCAUUAUGUCAUAUCGACGAUCAAAUUUUAUGGAGACGGAUGAUAUGUUCCUCCAGUUUGAGGAGGAUUUAGAUAACAUUGCGGGAGGGUCGUCAUCUGUGGGCGACAAUACGGGGUCUUCUUCUCAACAAACAACUCCGACUCCUAGGAGACGUGCGCAGUCUCGACUCUUGGAGUUAGAGCGCCACGUUGCAAUAAAUGGGUGCAUUCCGAUGACGAUCGCCCCUGGAGCGGAGAAGCCUAUUUCUCCACACGCCGUUCGCUUCAGCCAGGCGAUAGGCGUGUGUGUGCGAAAGACAUUUUCCAUCCGCUGUCUUAAGUGGACGGACGUUGGGAGAGAAUACAUUGAGGUCGUCAAGGGCGACCUCCAGGUAAUUAAAUGCACUACACAUUUAUAUAUGAUUUCAUUUGAAACAUAUCUAACUUUAACCAAUCUAAUGUGUUAUGUUUGUAAUGUGCAGCGAUUGUUUGUGCUUGAUUUCAAUGAUCAAGCAAUGAACAGGUUUGUUGAGCAUCAGAUGCUCACGAUCUUUAAAGAGUUCCGGGCCGACUGUCAUAGACAUUUCAAAAAGUACAGCGACCCGGAGGAGGCUCGUGCCAACCCACCAAACGCAUUGGUUGGACGUGAUGAGGAUUGACACUUCCUCUGCGACCAUUAUAUCAGCCGUGCAUUCCAGGUAUUUGUCAUGAUUAAUUAUGAUAACAAGUUUUUAUAUGUAUAAGAAAUAAACAAUAUAAUUGUUUUAAUGCAGGAGCAAUCACGGACAAACAAGGCUGCUAGACAGAAGCAGCCUUACAAUCAUAGUAG